GCCGUGACGUUACUGUCGAGGGGGGAGUGUCCUGUUGGGAGCACCAGCCAGACAGCCAGGCUCUGGCCGCUGUCCUGUGCAACUUCCUAGCCGCUUCUUCAGCUCUUGAGCGGCCAUCCUCACCGCGCUGAUCAUGUUGUGCUCGUGUGCGGCUCCGGAAGUGAGCCUCGUUCCUCCCUCGCCGCUUCUCUCCUCUUGACUGCCGGCUUUAGUAGCUCCAACGCAGGCUGUGCUUGUCUGAAGCUAAACCGGACCGCUCCGCCGCUUCCUCUCCCCCUCCUCAUCUCUCGGUCCAGAGAGCAGCUCAUGGAGGCCCCGGUGGAGGAGAGAGAACCGCCGCCGAUGGCCAACUCUUUCCCUCUGCCCACUCUCACGCCAGCCGUGCCCCCUUACGUGACCCUGGGUCUGACGGUGGUCUACAGCGCCUUCUACUCGCUGCUCUUUAUCUUCAUCUACGUCCAGCUCUGGUUGGUGCUGCGGUAUCGACACAAACGCUUCAGCUACCAGACAGUGUUCCUGUUCCUGUGCCUGCUGUGGUCGGCCCUGCGCACGGUGCUCUUCUCCUUCUACUUCAAGAACUUUGUGACGGCCAACACUUUGGGGCCUUUUCCGUUCUGGCUGCUCUACUGCUUCCCUGUGUGCCUGCAGUUCUUCACACUCAGCCUCAUGAACCUGUACUUUGCACAGGUUGUGUUCAAGGCCAAGUCUAAAUAUGCACCGGAGCUCCUGAGGUACAGGCUGCCACUGUACCUGGUCUUCCUGUCCAUGAGCCUGGUGUUUUUAGCCGUCAACCUGGUGUGUGCCAUGCUGGUGAGGACGUCAUCUGCAGAUGCUCGCACGGUGGUGCUGGUGAGGGUGGCCAUCAACGACACCCUCUUUGUCCUGUGCGCUGUGUCGCUCUCACUGUGUCUCUACAAGAUUGCCAAGAUGUCCCUGGCCAACAUUUAUCUGGAAUCCAAGGGGACGUCAGUGUGCCAGGUAACCGCUAUAGGGGCCAUAGUCAUCCUCCUGUACACAUCCAGGGCCUGCUACAAUCUGGUCGUCCUGGGACUCUCAAACAAGAGUAUCAACUCCUUUGACUACGACUGGUACAACGUUUCCGACCAGGUUUGUGUUUUCUUUCAGGCAGAUUUACAGUCCACCCUGGGUGACACCGGCUAUGUCGUCUUCGGGGUGGUCUUAUUCGUAUGGGAGCUGUUCCCCACUUCCCUUGUGGUGUUCUUCUUCAGAGUGCGCCAGCCCGACCUCGACAGGAGUGGCUCUGGGCUUCCCGGCCACGUCUUCUCCUCCAGGGCUUAUUUCUUCGACAAUCCUCGGCGUUACGACAGCGACGAUGACCUAGCAUGGAGUGUCAUGCCUCAAAACAUCCAAGCCAGUUUGGCUGCCGACAGCUACGAGUGGGGGAGCCAGAGCAGCAGCAUCAGCGCUUACAUCGGAGGGGACGACAUUUACCACCUCCCCCUUCCUCCAGAGGAGCUCAGCCACUACUGAUAAGAAAUCACAGAGACUCAUUGUUUUCUUGGCUCCUAAAGUUUUUGCACUGUUAUCCUAGUGAAGCACACUGGAAUUCAUACAUUCAUAUUAGUUCGAAACAAGAACUAACACAUGCCAGUAUACGAAGGACCACUGAUAAAUGAUUUUCACACUCCAUGUACAAAAGAGGGCCCAAUAUGACUGCUCUUUUUUUUUUUUUAGUUGAUAUUAAUAUAUUUCCUGACCUUUUGCAUUGUGCACUGUAUUUCUAUUUCAUGUAUGUGUUUCUUUUCAUACAGAUUUGUUAAUAGUAGUUGUUUAAUUCAUUAAAACAGCCAAAUUGUAA